AUGGCCCGACCCGAUUAUCCAACAACAUGGAUUCCUUACCUAAACAGUAAGGACUGUUCUCAAGGCUUUUGUAGCAUGUAUUGUCCACAAUGGUGCUACAUAAUUUACCCUCCUCCACCACCACCAACGUUUCAAUACCCCGACGAUGAUUCAAAACCGUAUUUUUCACCUCUUGUUAUUGCUGUCAUGGGAAUUUUAGCCACGGCUUUUCUGUUACUGACUUACUAUACUCUAAUAUCCAAAUACUGUGGUAACAGAGAAUCCUCAAGAAGAAAUAGCACUGACCCGGCUGAGGAUUUCACGCAAAAUCGCCGCGAAAAUUGUCAAGUUUCGACUUUUGGUUUAGAUGAUGUUCAGAUUAAGUCCAUUGCAGUUUUCAAAUACAGAAAAGGCGACGGUUUUUUUGCUGUCACUGAUUGUUCCGUUUGUCUAAGUGAGUUUCAAGAUGAUGAAUGUGUUAGGCUUUUACCAAUGUGUAACCAUGUUUUUCAUCUUCCUUGUAUUGAUACAUGGCUCAAAUCGAACUCUUCUUGUCCUCUAUGUCGUGCUAAUAUUUUCACUUUGAAUCCUUCAACAUUACAUGUUCCAGUUCCAGUUCGAGUUCCAGCUACAGUCAUUGAAUUUCCUUUAAGAAAUGAAACUUUUUCAGAAGAUGAACGAAUAGUUGUGGAAGAAACAAGGAUGCAUCAUCAUAGUAGAGUUGAUUCGAAGGCGCUUUCGAUGCGCGCUUUUAGUGAUUUAUGUAAUUCGCGAAGGGGAAGAGAAAGAAUAAUUGAAAUUAGAGAUGAUGUGUGUAGGUCAGUUUCUAUGGAUCAUUCAUUUGAAAAUGGUUUUUCAAUUGGUGAUGUGUUGAAUAUGAAUGAAGAUGAAGAUUUUUGUGAAGAAGGAUGUUCAAUGGAUUCAUCAAAGAGGUUAAGAGGAGAAAGUAGUAAGUCAAGGUACAAAAGAAAGGUGUUGCAUUGUGUUAAGAGUCCAAUUGCAAUGAAGAGAUCAUUUUCUAGUGGAGCAUUUUCACUUGGUAAAAUAGAUAGAGGAAGAAAGCAUGAAAUUUUCCAUGUUUGA